AUCAUAACAACUCAAUCGUCCUAAACUCCGAAUUGAAGCCUUACAAAAACUCGAAACGCAUCUAGCUCAGUCUCGUAAUCACUAUGCCCGCCACCAAGCUCAUCACUGUCUAUGGCGCCACCGGCGUGCAGGGCGGCAGCGUCGUCAACUCCCUGCUCCAGAACAAGAGCGGCGACUUCUCGGUGCGCGCCAUCUCCCGGGACCCAGAAUCAGACAAGGCCAAGGCGCUUGCCAGCCGUGGUGUCGAAGUCGUCAAGGGCGACGGCUUUUCCAAGGACCAGAUGCUGGAGGCUUUCAAGGGAAGCUGGGCCGCCUUUGUCAACACCAACUCAACCGACCCGAACCUGAACCAGCCGGAUGGCCUGACGGAAAGCGGCCUCGGGAAGAUUAUCGUCGACGCUGCAUUCGAGGCUGGCGUCCAACACCUCCUGUACAGCGGCCUGGCCUCUGCCAGCGCGGCCACAAACGGUGAAAUUCCGUGCCGCGACUUUGAAGAGAAAUACGCCGUUGGAGAGUACGCCAAGUCCAAGGGAUUCAAGAGCGUGGCCAUCAUCAGCAUGGGCUGGUAUAUGGAGAACCACAUUAUUGAGGAGAAUGCGGACCUGAUGGGAGGCUUCCCCUUCCAUCCUGAUACCGAGGGCUACCUCACGCUUCAGAUGCCCGGCUGGGGCGGCGACGGCAACGUGCCUUGGAUCGCCGUGGAGGAGGACUAUGGCGACAUUGCCCACGGCGUGCUCCUCGACCCGGAGGCGUACAACGGCCGCCUGAUCCAGACGAUGAGCCAGCUCGCCAAGCCCGAGGCCCUUGUCGACGAGUUUGUCAAAGUAACUGGCAAGAAGGCGCGGUUCGUUGCCGUGGACGACUGGACAAAGUUCGAAACGUAUGGAAGCCCGGACCUGGAGUCGAUCAAGAACAUGUUUGGCUUUCUCGAGCGUUCGGGCGGGAAAUACUACGGCGGAGCCUACGACCUGGAGCCGGCCAAGAAGCUCAAGGCCAAGGCAGCGGCAGCCAAGGGCCUGGCGGAGAAUGAGCGCGAUUUGACGACUUUGAGCCAGUUUGUCCGCAAGCACUUUUCUUCGUAG